GAAGGAAGCGGUCAUGUGACCCGCGCCGCAUUUCAGUCACAACAAAGAUGGCGGCCGUAGUGACAGCAGGGACUGGCCGAGUUUGGGGGAUUUUACUCGUUUUUAUUUUUAAUUCGUGUCAAAGUUUGUUCAACGGUGGAGAUUCCUACAGCAGAGCGCUGACAGUGCAGUUGUUCCCAAACUCGAACUCCACACCCCCUGGUGGCGAGCUUCUUCAUGUGAGAGCUGUGGGAGAAAACGACACAUUGCACUUCCUGUUCUGCAGCCAGGGGGCGCCAACACUGCUGAUCGUGCACACCAACUCCUCUUCGUCUACGGUCAAGGUAAACUGGCGUCAGUUUUUGGCUCGUAACACCAGUGGCAGCCUGACGGUGGAGCCGCAGAGCAGCAUCCUGUACAGCACCGCUGUUGUCUUCAGCCGGCUGUUGGAGUACGAUGACGAAAACAACACGGCUGAGGCGACCUCCAACUUCUUCCCCGCCUAUGAGCUGCAGGACUUCAGCUGGUCUCGGAUGAACCUGUCGGAUUACACAGCUGUGCUCUGUGGGUCUGUCCCACAGUCCAGCAACGGAUCACUCUGCCUUCAGUUGUCAGUGUUUGGCUCAGAGGGGCGUGCUGAGCUCUGGCCCCGCCUCCUCCAUUCUGCUAACUCCUCCCAGUUGGAGGUGUGGCUUAACGGCCUGCUGCCUCGCUCCAAUACCUCCAGGUUCAUCUUGGAGCUGCAGGCAGUGGGCGGGGCUUAUCCGCUAAGCAAAGUAGACGUUCUCCAGUUCAUCGAUGACGAGUACACACCUUCAAUAUUCAAGGUGUCUCAGUGGGUGUCUUCAGCAAACAAUAGCUCAGAUGUCCUGGGUUUUAUCCAGUGGAAGCCUGUUGCGUACCGGAAGUCCUGUCCGGCUCUCGAGGAUGCAACGCCGUGCCAAAACUCCGACCCACUGGCACAGAGCGGGAACACGACGACAGCUUCAUCAGCUUUGAUUCAAGCAUUUUAUUCUGAUCCGAAAGCAAUGGGAAUGAACGUGAGCUUCGGCAUGGCAGGAGAACCUUUCUACAACAGCACCAUGUUCCUCAGCUGGACGAUGCUGGUGGGCGUCGGCUCUCCUCCCGUUGACUCGUUCUCUCCGAUGGUGAUCGGCAUCAUGACGGCAGGUUUGGGGAUUCCCAUAGUCCUCCUGCUUGUGGGCGGAGUUUAUCUAUUUUUCAUGAAAAAGAAAGAAACCUCAAAGAUGGCCUACGAGCCAAUCAACUGACAGCCAAGGCUCGGCCUUUUUUUUUUUUUUCUACGUGAAGUCACUGAUGGCUCAGCAAAUCAUGAAGCAGCUUGUUUACUUUGUAAUGGUAGACAUAAUUUUCUCAGGUUGAAGAUUUAAUCUUUCAUUGAAAAAUAACUCAGAUCAGUUACAAUUAGACUAAAAUAGAAGCAAGCUGUGUUUUUGUUUUUUAAUUAGAAACAUUGCAGAAUCAGUGAGAUUUAAAAUCAUUUAUUGUACAUAAAUUGUACUUUUAACGUUUUUUAAAAAAAUGUAUAAAGAUUUCAUAUAAUGUUGAUUUUAAAGCAAAGAAUUUACUUUAGAUCACAUUUAGACUCAAACUAGCAGAAAGCUACUGAUUACACAACACAUGUAUUUAUUUUAUUGUGUUUGUUUUGUGCCGCUUGUUUUAGUUGAGAAAAUGGAGAAAAUGUUGCAUAUCUCAGCUCAAUAAAUGUUGAGGUCUGAAGAACAGCUAAAUAAUCAGAAUUGUUGGUUUGAGUCUGAACAUCACAGAAGAAUGUAAAUAAUUAAAUCCUGACAUGACCUAAACUGCAUCGACCAAUCACGGCUCUCUGUGAGAUCACCUGGAGGUUAUUUUAGCCAUGGAAAGAAACCAUGUUGUGAGCUUUAACACAAUUACUUGUAACAAUCUUUAAUCUGUGUAUUUUGCAGCUUUAAUAAGAAGUCCAAGCUUUUGUCUAUUCACUCCAAAAAAUUUGCUUCAAUAAAAAAUGGAUUUUCUAGAUUAUUUCACUGAUUUGGAGCAUUAUUAUAAGCUAGUGGAACAGUUUUGAUAAUUGUGUCUUAGCUUUUUGUAAAAUGCAGGAAUCAUACAAAGUCUGGAAAGGUUUGGAAUUUGCCUCUAAUAUUUUUCAGGUCUGGAUAAGUGUGGAAAAAAGAAAACCGAGCAAGGAAAUUUUCCCAUCUUUAUUAUUUGAAGGAAUAAAAAUCAAAUACUGUUUAAAAAA